CAAAUUUUGCCUCGUGUACAUUUUGGCAUCUAUCAUCUGUGCCGUGUCCCGUCAUAUUUGUGUGGCAUUUGCUAUUUUUUUGUGCUAAAUUAAAAACUUUUAUUUUCAAUUGUUUCUAAUAUUCGUGCAAAAAACGUAAAUACCAUAAAAUGAACAACAUUUCCGAGCAAGAUAUUCAUCGAGUGCCGGAGACAAUUUCUUUCCCACUCGAAGAACAAAAAAUACUCCAAUAUUGGUGUGAAAAUAAUAUUUUCGAGCGGUGCAUGCAAAUUUCCAAAGGACGACCAAGAUAUACCUUCUAUGAUGGUCCACCGUUUGCAACUGGCCUGCCUCACUACGGACACAUUCUAGCCGGCACAAUCAAAGACAUCGUCACUCGAUACGCAUACCAACAGGGAUACCACGUCGAUCGUCGAUUUGGUUGGGAUUGUCAUGGCCUCCCAGUUGAGUUUGAAAUCGACAAAGAUCUGGGCAUCACUGGGCCACAGGAUGUUGAAAAAAUUGGCAUUGCAGCCUACAACAAUGAAUGUCGCAAAAUUGUAAUGCGCUAUGCGAAAAACUGGGAAGAAGUCGUAUCGCGAAUGGGACGUUGGAUUGACUUUAAGAAUGAUUACAAGACCCUUUAUCCAUGGUACAUGGAAACUAUUUGGUGGGUGUUUAGGGAGCUCUUCCAAAAGGGUCUCGUUUAUCAGGGUGUCAAAGUAAUGCCAUACUCUACGGCCUGUACUACUCCGCUUUCGAAUUUCGAAUCGGGUCAGAAUUAUAAGGAUGUCAUUGAUCCAUGCGUAACGGUGGCACUUGAAGUUGAAAGCAAAAGUAACACGUACUUUUUGAUCUGGACAACAACACCGUGGACGUUGCCAUCGAAUUUUGCUAUUUGCAUGAACGCUAACAUGGAUUAUGUGGAAGUUGAGGAAUUCAAAUCGAAACGGCAUUAUAUUUUAGCCGAAUCACGACUUGGUUAUGUGUUUAAAACUAGCGACGAAUAUUCGAUAGUUGAGAAAUUCAAGGGAAAUAAAUGUGCUGGUUUGAAAUACAAACCAUUGUUUCCGUAUUUUAAGGAACGCGGAGCAGCUGUGAAUGCGUUUAGGGUGCUUAUUGAUGAUUAUGUGACAGAGGAUUCUGGUACUGGGAUUGUUCACAAUGCACCGUAUUUCGGGGAGGACGAUUAUCGUGUUUGCUUGAUUGGUGGGCUUAUAACGAAAACCAGCCCGGUAAUUUGUCCAGUUGAUGAUUCGGGAAAGUUUACGGCUGUUGUAAGUGACUUUAGUGGGCAAUAUGUGAAAGAUGCUGAUAAAAAUAUUAUAGCCAAGUUGAAGGAAUGGGGUAAUUUGGUAGCGGCAAGUCAGGUUAAGCAUAGUUAUCCAUUUUGCUGGCGAUCUGAUACACCUCUUAUUUACAAAGCGGUUCCUUCUUGGUUCAUUCGUGUGGAGCAUAUGACGGCGAAGUUACAAGCUUGCAGUUCGAAAACUUAUUGGGUUCCUGAAUUCGUUAAAGAGAAACGCUUUGGCAAUUGGCUAAAAGAUGCUCGUGAUUGGGCUGUUAGUCGUAAUCGUUACUGGGGGACACCGAUGCCCAUUUGGAUGUCACCCGAUGGCAAUGAAGUUAUCUGCAUAGGAAGCAUUAAGCAACUGGAAGAAUUAUCCGGUCAAAAAGUCACUGACUUGCAUCGAGAAAAUAUUGAUCAUAUAGAAAUUCCAUCAGCAAUUCCAGGCAAUCCUCCAUUACGUCGUAUUGCUCCUGUGUUCGAUUGUUGGUUUGAAUCUGGAUCAAUGCCCUUUGCUCAGCAACAUUUUCCAUUUGAAAACGAAAAAGAUUUCAUGAAUAAUUUCCCAGCUGACUUUAUUGCUGAGGGAAUCGAUCAAACUCGGGGAUGGUUCUACACUUUGUUGGUUAUAUCAACAGCUUUGUUCAAUAAACCGCCUUUUAAGAAUCUAAUUGCCAAUGGAUUAGUAUUGGCAUCGGAUGGACAAAAAAUGUCGAAGCGUAAGAAGAAUUAUCCUGAUCCAAUGGACGUUGUAACGAAAUAUGGAGCUGACGCUUUGAGAUUAUAUUUAAUAAAUUCUCCAGUAGUGAGAGCGGAAAAUUUACGUUUCAAAGAAGAAGGUGUACGGGAUGUCAUCAAAGAUGUGUUCUUACCAUGGUAUAAUGCUUACAGAUUCCUACUGCAGAAUGUUGCUCGCUUGGAAAAAGAAGAAUCUAUGCGUUACGUUUUUGAUGCAUCGCGGUUGGGAAGCAAUCAAGAAAAGAGAAAUGUCUUAAACGAUUGGAUACUCUCAUUCAAAGAAUCGCUUGUGGAUUUCUUUACAAAAGAAAUGAAAUCUUAUCGCUUGUAUACUGUUGUUCCCCGUCUAACAAAAUUCAUAGAUCAGUUGACAAAUUGGUAUGUUCGUCUGAAUCGUCGUCGUAUUAAGGGCGAACAAGGUAUUGAACUUUGCAUUCAAUCUUUAGAUACAUUAUUUGAAGUACUCUUCUCUAUGGUUAUAAUGAUGGCUCCGUUUACUCCAUUCUUAUCUGAGUAUAUGUUCCAAAGAUUGAAUAUGCUAUUACCAAAUCGAUUGGAGGGUUCGGUACAUUUUCAAAUGAUCCCUCAGGUUAAUUUUGGAUUUGUUAAAAAUGAAAUCGAAGUGGGAGUUUCUCGAAUGCAAAGUGUCGUUGAAUUGGGACGAGUUAUGCGUGAUCGUCGUUUGCUGCCAGUUAAAUACCCAGUAUCAGAGAUUAUAGUUAUUCACAAGGAUGAAAACUACCUGAAGGACAUUGAAAGUCUGCAGGAUUAUGUCAAGAGUGAAUUAAAUGUUCGCAAAUUAACUCUAAGCUCGGACAAGGAAAAAUUCGGAAUAACUCUUCGAGCUGAACCAGACCAUAAAUCUUUGGGUCAACGUUUGAAAGGCGAUUUCAAAGCUGUAAUGGCAGCAAUCAAACAGCUGAGUAACGAUGAAAUUGAAAAGCAUUUGGCAAAUGGUCGUUUCCAGAUAUUAAAUCACGAAAUUGAACUGUCUGAAGUGCGCAUAAUUUUCUGUAUUGCUUCUCAAAUUGGUACUAAUUUUGAAGCUCACAGUGAUAAUGAUGUUCUUGUAUUGUUGGACAUGACGCCAAAUGAUGAGCUAAUGGAAGAAGGUCUUACACGAGAGAUAAUCAAUCGUAUUCAAAAAUUGAAGAAAAAAUCCCAACUUAUUCCAACCGAUCAAGUUCUUAUUUUUUAUAAAUUCAGCCAAACUGAUCAUCAAAUAGCAAAAAUAGCUGCAAAAUACACUGAUAGCAUUCAAACGACUGUUAAAUCUAAAUUUUUGCCAUUUAAUUCUUCGGAAACUGCAAAUAGACAAGUAAUCGCAUCGGAGUGCUUUGAUUUGAAAGGUGUCCAAAUGAAUAUAGAUAUUUAUUCAUCGCAAACGGCAGUUCUCCCAUCAGUAAAAUGGAUUAAUAUUAACUUGGCAGAGUCUGUAGAACCACGUUUCGGAGGUUCACGCAAGGCCACUGUCAUCACGCAAAAACCCAAUGGUCAAUCUAUAAGCCUUACAGAUUUGCAAAAUGAAGUAGAAAUCAUUUUCGGCCUCUAUGGAAUAAGUUUUGUUUUCUUAUUUAAUGGAAAAGUUUUAAGCUCAUUGGAUACUUUACCAAAUGGAUGCACGUUGAUCGUGUCUCGCAGUACAAAGUCUGAACAAAUAGAGAAUAAGAAAGGCGACUCGUCCUUGCCAUUUUCGAAGUUCAUCAAUUGCGAGUAUGAGGGAAAUAAAUACACCCUUUUAGAUCAAGGUCUUAGCAAAUGCAACCAGCAGGAUCUACUUAAAAUUAUCUAUCCGAAUGUUGAUUCAAAAAAAAUUAAGCUCAGUUAAAUGGUUGAAGAAAAAUAAA